CGCCUUACCUCUCUCUCUAUCUCUUUUCUCUUCUCUCCUUGCUGCUCCGUCUUCGACCUCCUUCCCUAUUUCUCUAUUUUCUCUACUUCUCUUUCCAUCUCUGUCUUCUUCCCUUUCUAUCUCUCUCUCUCUCUCCCUCCCCCAAGACGCUCUCAGCUUCCAUUGCCCUUUCUCGCACCUCUGCCAGUUCUUCAAGUGAGAGGAGAGGAGCAGGUUCUGAACAAAGUUCUUUCUUCUGAGAGGAAGAUGGCUGGUGCUGUUAGUGAAGAGGCUUUAGGGAUGAGGUCCGUGGAGAGUUUUGCAAAUGGGCAUCACAGUCAGUCUGGGGAAGCAUUGGCUGAAUGGAGGUCUUCCGAACAAGUGGAAAAUGGAACACCAUCGACUUCACCACCAUACUGGGAUACUGACGACGAGGAGGAGGCUGGUAUGCUUCUUUCAUACCUAGGACCCAAACCAUCAGAAUUGUAUGGAAAACAUACAUGGAAGAUAGAUAAAUUUUCUCAACUUAACAAACGAGAACUUCGAAGUAAUGCUUUUGAGGUUGGGGGCUACAAAUGGUACAUUUUAAUUUAUCCUCAGGGCUGUGAUGUCUGCAAUCAUCUCUCUCUGUUUCUUUGUGUCGCAAAUCAUGACAAACUCCUUCCAGGUUGGAGCCAUUUUGCACAGUUUACAAUAGCAGUGGUGAAUAAGGAUCCAAAGAAAUCAAAAUAUUCUGAUACGUUACAUCGGUUCUGGAAGAAAGAACAUGACUGGGGAUGGAAAAAGUUCAUGGAGCUUUCAAAAGUACUAGAUGGUUUUAUUGACGCUGACACUCUCAUAAUAAAGGCACAAGUUCAAGUGAUUAGGGAGAGAGCUGAUCGGCCUUUUCGUUGCCUUGAUUGUCAGUAUAGGAGAGAACUUGUUAGAGUAUAUUUGACUAAUGUUGAGCAGAUAUGUCGGCGUUUUGUGGAAGAGAGAAGAAGCAAGCUGGGGAAGCUGAUAGAGGAUAAAGCUAGAUGGUCAAGUUUUCGUGCGUUCUGGUUGGCAAUUGACCAGAAUUCUAGACGACGUAUGUCUAGGGAAAAGACAGAUACAAUUCUGAAAGUGGUUGUAAAACACUUCUUUAUAGAGAAGGAGGUGACAUCUACUUUAGUUAUGGACUCGUUAUACAGUGGAUUGAAGGCUCUCGAAGGGCAUUCCAAGAGUAAAAAGGGAAAAGCAAAACUAUUAGAUGCUGAAGAGAUGCCAGCUCCAAUAGUUCAUAUCGAGAAAGAUACAUUUGUUUUAGUGGAUGAUGUGCUAUUACUGCUCGAGAGGGCUGCUGUUGAACCAUUACCACCAAAAGAGGAGAAGGGCCCUCAAAAUCGUACAAAGGAUGGUAGCUCUGGAGAAGACUUCAACAAAGAUACCAUUGAACGCGAUGAAAGGCGUCUUACAGAAUUGGGUCGUAGGACUGUGGAAAUAUUUGUUCUUGCCCAUAUCUUUAGCAGCAAAGUUGAAGUUGCCUAUCAGGAAGCUGUUGCAUUGAAGAGGCAAGAGGAACUCAUUCGUGAAGAAGAGGAAGCGUGGCAGGCUGAAAGUGAACAAAAGGCUAGGCGAUUAGCAUCAGAAAAGGAUAAGAAAUCAAAGAAAAAACAGGCUAAACAAAAACGUAACAACCGCAAAGGUAAAGAUAAAGGGAGAGAAGAGAAGGCAAAUUUGACUGUGCUGAUCAGAGAACAAGUAAAUCCUGGCAGUGGGAAGGACGAAGACGCCAUUGUGGAUAAGGUGCAGCCUGUGCUUGAAAAGUCUGACUUGCCCGAGAUUGUAUCUGAUAUCUCUGAUUCUGUUGAAGGCCCUGGUGAAGUACUUCAGCCUGAUUCAGAGGACAGAGAUGCCAGUACUGUCAAUUGGGACACUGAUACAUCAGAAGUCCAUCCCUCAACGGAAGCAAGUAGCAGUGGGAUUAUCAGUCUGUCUUCUGCCCAAACACCCUUAUCUGACAAGAAGGGCUUGUCUCUUAUGGAUGAUAGCUCUUCUACGUGUUCUACAGAUUCUGUUCCAUCCGUGGUAAUGAACGGCCCAUAUAAGGAGAAUUCCUUUCACAACUACAAGAAGCAGAAAUCACCUAGCAUCGGAAAGAAUCGGCAGAAGGAUGCAGCAUAUGAUCGGAACAUUUGUGCUAAUGAAAUGGAUGGUCAGUCGUCAGAGCUUACAGCUGACAAAGAGGACCGGAGUGAUGUUUGUGGUAGUAAUAAGUCUAAAGAGUCCGAUCCCGUGGCCAUUAAUCAUUCCCUCCGGGGUAAAAUAAAAAGGGUUGACCAGCAGGCAGUUAAGAAGGAAGAAAAGGUUAUUUCAUUGCCAAAAGACCGAAGCUCUAAAAUCCAGGUUGAUAUGGAAAGGAUACUUAGAGAUACACCAGCAGCUGUACCAUCCUCCCCUCAGAACCACCAAGAUCAUACGCCACCAACUGCAGAACAGAAGUUGAAUAAUCAGAGUAUUGCUACCGUUGAUCCCAUUCAAAUUAAAGCAUCAUCGUCAAAUAGCGCACAUCAGAUGGAGAAGACUAUUCCUGCAGUUACCUCAUCCCAUGUUGUUAGUGCAGUAAAAGCAGAGGGUCAGAAGUCUGCAAUUCCAAAACCAACUGAAAAGGCUUCCGCACAGCAAGCUCCUAUGAUGUCAAGGCCUUCUAGUGCACCUCUAAUUCCUGGUCCAAGGGCUACAGCACCUGUUGUUACUGUGGUCCAUACAUCCCCAUUGCUUGCUCGUUCAGUGAGUGCAGCUGGCCGAUUGGGUCCAGACCCUUCUCCAGCCACACAUAGUUAUGCUCCCCAGUCUUAUAGAAAUGCCAUAAUGGGCAACCAUGUACCUCCGAGCAGUGCUGGAUAUGUUCAUCUGAGCACCUCAACUUCAGGCAUGAGCCCAUCUUCAGCCUUCUCUUUGGCAUCUGCUAUGGUUUCUUCGCCCAUGUUUGUACCACACAACUCCGACAGGUUAGAUUCCAAUGCUGUUAGAUCAAGUUUUCCUUUUGGCAUGGUAACCCGAGACGUCUUAUUGAAUAGUCCCCAGUGGGUAGAGGCUUCACAGAGGGAAGCUGUGAGGAGCAUGCAUUACAAUUCCUCCCUGCUCAAUGAAGUUCAAGAUUUAUACAAGAAGCCAAUUCGUGGUUCAACCUCUGAAGCUCUGACAGGGGAGUUCUCAGCUUGUACGUCUGGUCGUCAGCUCCAAGGUUUUGUAGAGGAUUUCCCCCACCUCGAUAUAAUCAACGAUCUUCUUGAUGAUGAAAAUAUUGUUGGGAUUUCAGCCAGAGACAACUCAAUGUUCCGAUCUCUUGGCAAUGGACCGAGUCUGUUGAACAGGCAGUUCUCACUCCCUGGUGACAUGGGGGUGAUGGCUGGUGAUGUAGGGUCCUCAACAAGCUCUUGCUGCAGGUUUGAGCGGACACGCAGUUAUCAUGAUGGUGGGUUUCAACGGGGAUAUAGCUCUUCCAUAAGCCAUUACGAACCAGCCAUGGAUUUUAUUCCACCAUCCACUCAACAACAGCAGCACUUAAAUGGGCAGAUCGAUGGGUUGGUCCCGAACUGGCGACCGGCUUCUGAUCUCUCUUUACUUGGGACAAGGGCUUUAGACUUUGAUGGUUAUCAAUAUCUCAAUGCAGAAUACUCAAAUAUGGCGCAAGGGAUCAAUGGCUACAAUGUGUAUCGACCCUCAGAUGGUCACUGACUAACACAAAGAUCAAAACAUGGAUGGAAUUUGGCUUCCCUGCCUAGACUUGGUGGGUACUGUCCACUGUAAUAACGUACCAGGAAAUUGUUGGGGUCUUGGAUUUGGAGUGGGGUUGUAAUCCUUCUCAUAAGAAAACAAUUUGUAAAGAGUGCCUUCAUCGCCUUCUCUUUGCUAGCCUUAAAUGCAAAUUUAGUCGUAUCGUCGAGGUUUUGAUUACUUCACCUUUCGAGUUUCCUGUCUAUUUGGUUAUUGGUCAAAAACGUAUUGCGUAUACGACAAUACCCUGAAACCUCACCUCUGCUAAAUAGAGCUCAAGUAUUUUUCUCUUUUGUUUC